AUGACAACCUCUCUCCUCAUCAUCCUCGUAGUUUCAAGUGUGUUCACCUCAGCCCUAGCGUCUCCACCUAAAUUAGAACUGGAAGAAGCACCGGUGGUGUUCGGAACAAUCCAUGGUAGCCCAAUAGUCGCGGUUUUUCACGGUCGAUCCGAUUUGAUCAAGGAUGAUCAGCAGGAAAAAGAUACUGAAGAUGAUCCGCUUGGAAAAAUGGGUUCUUUAAUGGCUUAG